UCCUCCUUUUUGCAGAUCUCAGGGCGGCAGCGGGGCUGGCUCCCCUCUCCCGGAGGUCGCCUUUGUUUUCCCGGUGUCGCUCUCCCGAGCAGCCGGGGGGGGCGGGAGGGGGCCGGGACCGGGCUGGGCUGGGCCGGCCCGGCCGCCCCUUCUCCUCCCCGCCCCGCCAGAGCCCGCGGAGUUGGUGCCGGUUCCCCCCGGGGCGGCACUUUCCCUCCCUCCCCUUCCCCAACCCCGGGGCUGAGCAGCCGCCGCCCCCCCCCCCGGGACCCCCCCAUGGCACUGCCGCGAUGUUCGCGUCCCGGCUCCUGGAUUUCCAGAAGACGCGCUACGCCAGGUUUAUGAAUCACCGUGUCCCGUCCAACUGCAGGUACCAGCCGACGGAGUACGAGCACGCGGCAAACUGUGCCACCCACGCAUUCUGGAUCCUUCCCAGCAUCCUUGGCAGCUCCAUCCUCUACAUCCUCUCCGAUGACCAGUGGGAAACCAUCUCAGCCUGGAUCUAUGGCUUGGGCUUGUCCAGCCUCUUCAUCGUCUCCACCAUCUUCCACACCAUCUCCUGGAAGAAGAGGCACCUCAGGACUGUGGAGCACUGCUUGCACAUGUUCGACAGGAUGGUGAUCUACUUCUUCAUCGCGGCAUCAUACGCUCCCUGGCUGAACCUGCGGGAGUUGGGUCCCUGGGCCUCCCACAUGCGCUGGAUCAUCUGGAUCAUGGCAUCCAUCGGGACCGUGUAUGUUUUCUUCUUCCAUGAACGGUACAAGCUGGUGGAGCUGGUGUGCUACGUUAUCAUGGGCUUCUUCCCUGCCUUGGUCAUUCUAUCCAUGCCCAACAGGGAUGGCCUCCCAGAGCUGGUGGCCGGUGGACUCUCGUACUGCCUGGGCAUGGUCUUCUUCAAAAGUGACGGCCGCAUCCCCUUUGCCCAUGCCAUCUGGCACCUCUUCGUGGCCAUCGGAGCUGGCAUCCACUACUAUGCCAUUUGGAGGUACCUCUACCGGCCCGGCACGCUGGAGGCUAAAACGUCUCGGUAGAUGCCUUAAAGACAUCACUUCCACCAACUGGCACGUGGGGACGUGGAGGGGAGCGGGGAGGCAGCCUGCACCAUGGGAUCCCCCCAAGCCACCCGCUCGUCCCACGGCCAGCAGCCACCGGUGCCCUUCCUGCACAGACAGGAGAUCCUGGAGGUUGAUUUUAAACAGAUUUUUCUUUUUUAACCUCGGGAACUGUUUAUUUUUUUUAAGCAAAGGUUUCGUAACAGGGUGACCGACCACCGGGCUGCAGGCGAUAGGGGAGCGACCGCUCACCGAGGGCUUGGGGAGGCCUCGCUCACCCACCUGACCCCGAGCAUCCUGCGGGAGCUGGGGACCUGGUCCCGCACACCCCUGGCUAGUGACACCGUGGUUUAGGCUACCGGAGCACUUAGCAGGGGCCAGCCAGGGGACUGGAGGAGUUGGGAUGGGGGGAGAGACGUGGAACCCCUGGGCUCCCUAGACGGGGAGUGGGACACAUCGGCACCCCCACACCACCCGCUUGGCUCCUAAAUGGUCCUAAGUCACAUCAGCAUUAACUGCCCCCUCCCAAGUUUUUGAUGGGAAGGUCCAGAGUCAACAAAGCCUUACACGAGAUUGAAACUUGAAUCUCUUCCAGGGCUUCCCAGAACCCCUGAGCAUUGGAAAACCCUUUCUCUAAGCCAGUAUUAAAUGCGCAACUUGGUAUGUCCCUCCUGGAUGGGCCCUUGAAGCCCCCAUGGACAUUUUGUCCCUGGGGCACGUUUUCCUCUUUGGUCUCAGUGCUGGCGGCAGCCCCGAAGCACGGCCCCAUUCCCAGGCUCUGCCACACGCGUGCCUUCUCCUGAUGGGGAGCAGAGCAGGGGCUCCGGCUCCCGGCAUCCCCCUGGCUGGGGUCAGCCCAUCCACACCAGGGGAUUUACUUUCUCCUCCAAGGAGGGAAGCGAACCUCCUUGGACUGGGAUCAAGGGGCUGCCUGCCUUCUCUGCUCCCAUUCCGUUGAUGAGCCCCUCUUGCUCAGUAGCAGACUUAAACCUACUUUUGGGAGGAUUUCCGACAUUCCUGGGAAUGCCACAGGGAAGGGAUUCAUCUGCGUGAUGCUGGGAGGUGAGCUGUGAUGGGGAGGUCCCAGUGACGCUUGGUUUUUAAACCCCUAACCACGGCUACACGGUGCUCUUCGAGGAAGGAUAAUGGGACAUGGAGUGCCUGCCCAGCCAUCAGGAGCAGCCCUGACGCUGCCGGAAUGGGAAAACCACACCCAGUCCCACUCCCAAACACGCCGCCAGAGCUGCUGGAGCCGGGAGGGUCUGGUGUGUGCCGGGGUCUGUGCUGGGAGCCGGUGGCAGAGCGGCGCCGCUCUCAGCCCUUCCCCAGGAGCCCCCAAAGGCAUCGAUUUCCCAUCACCUCUCUUCGGCCUCUUGAUUAAUCGCAGCUGCAGCAGUCUUGGCGUGACGUGGCAAGCGAAGGAGAUUUACGGCCACCGUCCUGCAUCUCCUGUUUCUCCGGCAGUGUGCCGAGGAGACGAGCUCCCGGCUCUGUCCCACCUUCCGCAGAGCUUAGGGUCCCCCCAGCCUGCGGCGCCCCAGGACCGUCUCCCCAGGGCCGUGCCAUUUUGCAGCAAAUUACCAAAGAGAAAGCGUCCAGAUACUCAUCACCUCCUGACGCGGUGGCUGGGCUCACCGGGUCGGCAAAAAAAUCCGGUGGGUUUUCACUUCCAUAGGCAGAAGGUUCUGAUAAAGAGCCCUGGGUGCUGCGCCCGGCCCCCCAGCCUGGCAUGGGACUGCGGGGGGGGGUGUGUGUCUCUGCCUGGGGCACCCCAAGACAGCCUUUGGGGUGAUGGGUGGUCCUAGGGACAGGGGGUGAGUGACCUGAUGUGAGCCUGGUCUUUGCUGCUCCCUCUCCCAGGCCCCCACGUCCCAGCCCUUGCUCCAUCACCUACCGCAGAUGGAGGGGCGGAGAGGGAGGAGCUGUGAGUAACCAGCAAUUGGUGGAGCACGUUUGGGGUUGGAAUAGCGGGAUAUGGGGUCCUAGAGUGGGAGCUGCCAUUUUUGCUGUCUGGGAGGUCAUUACCUUUCUCCGUGCCUCAGUUUCCCCAUCUAUAAAAUGGGGGUGAAGACACUGACCUACCUCACAGGGCUCAUGUGAGGACCCCGUGAAGCACUUGGAGAACGACCAGUGCUUUACAAACACAGGCUUCAAUUUUCACCGAGUUUAGGGGACCGGAUUCCCAGAGCCACCGUGGGGCACGGUGACAACUGCAGCUCAGUGUGGCCAGGUCUCCCCGCCUCCAUCACUAAAUCCCAUGGGGGAACCACCCUGGGGACAGCCCGUGCGCACAGCAGUCCCAGCCGCUGGGCCAACGUCCCUGGGCAGGGGCUGACGACACCCAGGGACAACCAUCGUGUUUUAUCCAGUCUUCAUCCCAGGGGAUUUAUCUCGGAAGCCAGUGGGGCUUUCAGCCCUAAAUCCAUCCUGGGUGCUCCCGAGGCACAGGGAGGUGCCAGAAGGACCUUUCCGAGGCCACUUCAUCUCAGCUCCCUGCUGAAAACCCAAGGCAGGGCAGAUGCCCGGGUGGGAAUGGGUGACCGGGCUCUGUUGGGGACAUUGCCACCCUGCCUUGGGCCUGGAUUUGCUGGGGGGGCUCCUCUGUAAUUGAGAAGUGCCCUCUCUUCUCUUGCUUCCCAAAUCCUUCCCUUGCAAAGCAGGGUGGGAGGCACAGAGCAGGUUAUCAGAUUAGUCCUCCUAUUUUAUACUAAUUUUAAAUGACUCGUAACAUUCAGGGUGUCUGCGGAGGAGGGUUUGGGGGAACUUUUUAGCAUCUCGUGUUUUUCACCGUCCGUUCUUGUUCAAUCAGUAUUUUCUAUUUAACACAGUACUGGGUCAAAUUAAAAACAAACGUAAGGAAGAUAACGCUAGUGAAUGCUGUUUUCUGUGGAGUAGGAUUGAAAUAAAAACUCAAGAUACCUCA